AUGCCAAAAGAGACCUCUUCAUUCAAACUUCCAUCGUUUCAUGUUCUCAAGUUUAAGUUAAAUCCCAAUGGUUUGGAACAAACUCUGUAUAAUUUUGUGAACAUUCCUCAAGUCAAACAGAUCUGUAACAGAAACUUGAGAAGACGAACCAAGAAGACUGCCAAAACAUGUAUGACCUCGACGGCUGCUAUUACUUCGACGACGAAUCGAGUGAAGAAUUCUUCGUCGACCAAUCGUCCAAUCAUGAUGGAACCAUCCUUGUGCACUUCUCAAAAUACUACCAUGUCGUGUCUUGAUGUUAACUGCCAGAGAUCCUAUCCAUGCAGUGCUGUCGUGGAUCAUCAUUUAGCAUCCACUGCAAGUGGCACGAAUCGGUUUUUGUGUCGUGCCAACUCCUCAUCAGCAACAGUAUUGAUGAAUACCGUAUCAACGAGUCGAGCAGCACAACAAGAACCAUUGGUUCAUGACCAUUCCAUUAUGUGUUAUUCCUCUUUUCAAGCACAUUCAUCAUCUCAACAUCAUGUACAACAAGUCAUGCAAUUAUGUUCUUCACCUUCUGAUGAAAGUACACUUUCUUUCCAUUCGAACAUGUCUUUGAAUUGUGGUAUGCCUCAAAAAUCCGCUCGCAAAGUUAGAACUUCCAUUUCCAUACAAGAGUUAUUGAAUUAG